AAAAAAACAAAUACUUAUCGACACAAUUUGAACUACUCACCUGAACCCCAUCAUAGAUCAAAUUAUUACUUUGUCUUCCCCAAAUCCAACUCACAAACCCCAUUAAAAAAAUCACACAAAAUCUUGGCCCCCCAACAAAAAAAAAAAAAACGUAAAAAGAGAAUCCCCUAUUAAAGCCAUUGAAGAACUGUAACAGAAUUCAACUGUAAUUGAUACACAGUGUUUUUGGUGUAAAAAUAAAGGCAAAAUAGGAAGCUGUUUAUCAUCAGGAGGGAAAGGGGGCAGAGCCUCAUCAGAACCACAAUCAGUUGUGGUUCAGAGGCUCUCGUCCCCUAUUCCAACAACUGCUGCUGUUUCUGCGACGUCGUUUCGGGAGAAUAGCUUUAGUGCUGCUGGUGAUGCGAAGAUGAAGGGGUUAUUCAAGUCUAAGCCAAAGACUCCAGUUGACCUUGUUCGUCAGACUCGUGAUCUUCUUAUGUUCCUUGAGCGUGCUCCUGAUACUCGCGAGACCAAAAAAGAUGAGAAGAUGAUGGAGUUAAGCAAGUCAAUCCGGGAAUUAAAGAUUAUUCUUUACGGGAAUGGCGAAUCCGAGCCUCUCGCUGAGGCUUGUGCUCAGUUGACUCAAGAGUUCUUCAGAGAGAACACACUCCGGCUGAUAAUUACUUGUCUUCCCAAUUUGAAUUUAGAGACCCGCAAAGAUGCUACUCAAGUAGUAGCAAAUCUGCAGAGGCAGCAGGUUCAGUCACGGCUGAUUGCUUGUGAUUACUUGGAAGCAAACAUUGAUUUGAUGGACAUAUUAAUAUUAGGUUAUGAGAACACAGAUAUGGCUUUACAUUAUGGUGCAAUGCUGCGGGAGUGCAUUCGCCACCAGAGUGUUGCAAAAUAUGUCUUGGAGUCUGAGCAUAUGAAGAAGUUUUUCGAUUAUAUUCAGCUGCCAAAUUUUGACAUUGCUGCUGAUGCUGCUGCCACUUUUAAGGAACUCAUGACAAGGCACAAAUCAACAGUAGCUGAAUUUCUUACGAAGAAUUAUGACUGGUUCUUCACAGAGUAUAACUCGAAGCUGCUUGAGUCUAGUAACUACAUCACUAGAAGACAAGCUGUCAAGCUCUUGGCAGAUAUGCUGUUGGACCGCUCAAAUUCUGCUGUAAUGACACGUUAUGUUAGCUCAAGAGACAACUUGAGGAUUCUUAUGAAUCUACUCAGGGAGUCAAGCAAGAGUAUCCAAAUCGAAGCGUUUCAUGUCUUCAAGCUUUUUGCUGCAAAUCACAACAAGCCUCCAGAUAUUGUUAGCAUCCUUAUUGCUAACAGAAGCAAACUACUUCGUCUCUUUGCCGAUUUUAAGACUGACAAAGAGGACGAGCAGUUUGAGGCUGACAAAGCGCAAGUUGUCAGAGAAAUCGCAGCCCUUGAACUCAAGGAAAUCAAAUAAAUUGCACCCCUUGGUCACCAGGAAUGCUGUUGAACUCGGCACUAGUUAUUUUUCUGAGUUGUUGAGUUUGUGUUGUAUCUUUAAUACCAAAAAAUGGUGUUUCUCUACUGAGAAAGUAUUUAUUGGGCUAUUAGUUCUUAGUUUUCAACAACACAAAAUUUCAUUGAAUCUUCACCUGCUUUUGUCAGUGCCAUUUCUUCUCAUUCAUUUAUGGUCUUUCACAUUUGUCUA